UCCUCCUCAUCCGACUGCUCUGCUGUCAAGCCUUUACUGUGGUGGAUUUAACUAUUCAACUCAGUCACAAGCGAUCAGCUCUAGCCCUCUCGAUUCACCAGAUCCCUCCAGAUUCACCGCCCUCGCCGUCAUCGUUAAGAGAGCCGCUCGAUAAUUAUUCACCGCAACAAAGAAUUGCCAUACAAAAAGACUGCCAGGGCCGCCGGAAAGCAUUCUCAUUGCACCGACGAGAUAUCAUACAAUCUACGCCAUGUCUCAGCCAACACAAUUCGCAUACCGCACGUCGAAGAAUGUGGGUGUGUUCGAUGCCGCGCCAGUGUACGAGAACCUGCCCGGCUUCCAACUCCCCGAAGGCAACCUCCGCUGUUGCGUGUACUCUCCCGAUGGACGCUUCUUCGCUUGGGCCUCGCCGGAAAAGGUCACCGUAAUCGAUGCAUCAGUUGGACACGUCGUGACAGAGCUGCCCGCCGAGCACGUAUACGAACUCGGGUUUUCUCCCGCCGGGACCUACAUCAUCACCUGGCAACGGCCGACCAAGGACGAGAACGGCGAUACCGUCAAGAACCUCAAAGUUUGGCGCACGAUCGACGACAAUGCCGGCGAGCAUGGAGAAAGAGCAGUGGUUGGCAAAUUUGUGCAAAAGGCGCAAACUGGCUGGAACUUGCAGUACACUUCCGACGAGAAGCUCUGCGCGCGUCGCGUGAACAACGAGGUGCAGGUCUACGAGAGCAAUGAUCUGGGCACGGUGUGGAACAAGCUGCGUGUGGAGGGUGUCGCGGACUUUGCGCUGUCUCCCGGAAAGACACAUUCGCUUGCUGUCUUCAUUCCGGAGCACAAGGGUCAGCCGGCCGCAGUCAAGAUCUUCAACGUCCCACAAUUCGCGUCGCCAGUGUCGCAAAAGACAUUCUUCAAGGGCGACAAGGUGCAGCUGAAGUGGAAUGAGCUUGGGACCAGCUUGAUCGUUCUAGCGCAGACCGAGGUCGACAAGAGCAACAAGAGUUACUACGGCGAGACGAACAUGUACCUGCUCAGCUCGAACGGCGGAUUCGACUCGCGCGUGCAGUUGGACAAGGAGGGUCCCAUCCACGAUGUAUCUUGGUCGCCGAAUUCCAAGGAGUUCGGAGUGGUGUACGGAUACAUGCCCGCGAAGACGACCAUCUUCAACACUCGAGCAAUUCCGCAGCACAGCUUCAACCUUGGACCUCGUAACACGAUCAUUUUCUCCCCACAUGGUCGAUUUGUCAUUGUUGCUGGAUUUGGAAACUUGGCCGGAACCAUGGACAUCUACGACUUGGAGAAGAACUACGAAAAGGUCGCCACGAUCGAAGGGAGCAACACCUCUCUCUGCGAGUGGAGUCCGGAUGGCAAGCAUAUCCUGACUGCCACCACCAGCCCUCGCCUUCGUGUGGACAACGGAAUUCGGGUCUGGCACGUUGGAGGUGGCUUGAUGUACAACCAGGACAUGCACGAGCUUUACCAUGUUGUCUGGCGUCCUCAGUCCGCCGAUCAGCAUCCCCUCGAUAACCCCGUGCAGUCCGUUCCAACUCCGCACGCCUCGGCCAUGGACUUUCUUGGUAAGAUCAAGACUCCAUCCAAGCCGGCGGGUGCGUACCGUCCACCUGGAGCUCGUGGAACCGCAACUCCUCUCGCAUUCAAGCGUGAAGACGAAGGCGGCGCAGCUUUCAUUCGCGAAAUGAUGUCCGGCAAGGCACCAGAGCCUAACACGUUCGGACCCCGCCAGCCCCGUCGUCGCGAGGUUCCCGGCGCGGAAGCCGUCGAUGAGUCGAAGUUGCCGCCUGGCGCCGCGCCCGGAGGUGGUGUUAGUCUCACCGCCGAUGGUGACGAGAACCUCAGCAAAGCAGCCCUCAAAAACAAAAAGAAGCGCGAAGCGAAAAAAGCCAAGGAAGCCGAAGCCAAAGCCAACGGACUCACGGCUCCCGCACAGAACGGCGAAGCCGAGAAGGCGUCACCGGAGCGCAAAGACCGCAAUUCUCGACCCGCAAGUACCCAGAACUCGCGACCACAGUCGCGAAGACGUGAGAAUGGUCCACCAACACCCGCCGCCAUCAACACGAACCAGCCUGCGCCAGCGAAAGCGAACGGCACCACUCCAGCUCAACCGCAGAAAGCUCCCGCGCCCGAACUCGAAGUCACCAGUCCCGGCGCGGGCUCGCCUCACGAGAAGAAGAUCCGAUCGCUGCUGAAGAAGUUGCGAGCGAUUGACGAUUUGAAGAUGCGUCAGGCGGGAGGGGAGAAGCUUGAGGGCACGCAGGUGUUGAAGAUUGGGACGGAGGAGCAGGUGAGGAAAGAGUUGAGGCAGUGUGGGUAUACUGGUGACGAGAUGUGA